AUGUCAAGAAAAUCUACCCAAGUUCUUAUAAAAGGUGUCAUCUUAAGUGAAGCUAGAGGGAAAUUUAAAAAGUGUCAAAUCUGUUAGAAAGAAUUUGGCAUUUUUCAUAAAGAACACCAAUGCAAAAGGUUUGGAAAAUAAUCUUAACAAUAGGUGUCGAAGAGCUGUUUGUCAGAAUUGCGCAAAUCAUCAUGGACCUGUACUUGGUGAUGCUGGAUAUUCCAAAUAAUCUCAUAGAAUUUGUAAUACCUGCAAAGAGGAAAGUGAAUCAAUAAAAAAAUUUAUUGAACAAUACAAAAUAGGUAUUGGAAAAGAUACUUUUUCACUUGAUUGGCUAAAAUCAUCAGGUCUAACUGUAGAUAUUGCUAAAAAAGUAGAGAUAUUUUAUAUUUUAAGGAAUAUGAAUUUGCUUAAAAAGAAAAUGAUCGAGCUAAAGAUAAAGGAGAGUUCAUCAAAAUGAAAUAGGAGUUACAAUUAGCUAUGAUUGACUUUUGGCUUAAUUUAACUUAUUCAUUUAGGGAAUUUUUGUUUAAUUUAAUGAAGGAUAUUGAAUUAGAUUUAUUACAAUAACAAAUUUGUAGGGUUUUAGGAGCACUUUUGUUAUAAUAUCCAGAAAUUGGGUAUGGCUCAGAUUAAGUUAUGAUAACAAUAUUCCUGUUGUGUUUCUGCUCUGAAGCAUCCGCAUUCAUAAUUUUAACUAUUUUAUACUCUGACAUUAUUCCUUCUUAUUUGUAUCCAUUAAAUUUAAGAAAGACACCUUAUGAUUAUCAACAUGAAAUUGAUUAAGUGCUUUAAGUAUUGGAGCAAGGAUUUAAAAUUAAAUAAUAGGAGUUAUAAAACAUUAAACCAUUUAUUAGAACUCGAAUCCCAAGAUAUGCUCUUACUUUGGGAAUUAACUUAUUUUAAUUUUAGACAUCCUUUUAUAUGAUUAAUCUAAUCCUACUAGGUCCUAAGACUGGAUAUGACAACUUUAUCAAAUGUUUGGCCGUUAGCUUUUAUCAAUAAUUUGAAGAUAUCAAAACAUUUAUAAAUUCUUAAGAGGAUGCUGAAGCUUAGAUACUAAGAAAUGUUAAAUCAACUUAAUGUGAGAAGGACUUUUCCAUAACAAAAGUGAUAAUAUUUAUACCACACAAACGGGUGACUUAAAGUGUUGUGAUAUAGAGAUCAAAUGAAAAAAAACCAUCAAAUUAGAUAUAGCCAGAGCAUAAUAAGGAUGUUAAGGUUGAAAUUUAAAUUAAAACUAAUCAAAAUAUGUCUGAGAAUGCAGCAGUUUAAGAUAAAGGCUUUUAGGAAUAAAGAAGAAAAUCAGUUGAAGUAAAAACCACACCUGAAGUUGAUGAGGAAAAAACAAAUCUAAAAUUAUACAUUGAAAAAAUUGAAGAAACUUUAAUGACAAAGCAUAAACUUGUUACUGAAUUAUAAAAUAGAAUUAAAGAAUUAUAAAAUUAAGCUCCAUAAUUUAAUAAUAAUAAUUCAGAUGUAGAUAAACAACUCUUAGAAGCAAAUGAAUAAUUAAGAAAAAGAAUUUAGGAAUAUGAAACAUAAAUUUCAUAAUUAGAAGAGUAAAAUAAAUAUUCUAACAAACUUUAAGAGGAUGCUUAAGAGACUGUAAUUUCUAUACAAAAAUCAAACAAAGAGUUAGAAUAAUAACUUGAGAAUUCUUUAAGAACAAAUAAAGACUUGUAUCUUUAGAUUAAAGAUUUAAAGAAUCAAAGUCCUCAACUUUAAACUCCAUCUCCAUUAACUCCAUAGAGAGAAAAAAACUUUUAAAUAAAUAUUGCUUUGGUUUAAAAAAAAAAUGAAGAAUAAUUAUAAUAAUAAAUAGAUUAAGAGUAAUAAAGAAUAGUUUAAUUGGAGUUUUAAAUGAAUUAAUUGAAUAAAGAGUUGUUAGGUUUAUAACAACUAAAUUAAGAUAAGCUUAAGAUAAUAGGAAAUUUGGAAGUUAGAUUGAUUGAAUUGGAUUCGACAAAAAGAGAAAAUGAAAAACUUACUCUCGAAAUUGCAACACUAUUUAAGAAGAUUGAACAUCAUGAAUUAGUUAUAAUAUAAUAAUAAGAAGAAAUUGAUGAUUUGAAAGAUAAAUAUGAUAAAUUAACUAAAUAGCAUGAAAUUUAAAGUGAAGAAUUAGAUCAAGUAAGAAUUGAAAAAAGAUAAAAUUUAGAGGAAUAUGAUAGAAAAGAGAAUGAAUUACUUUUAAUAAUUGAAGAUUUAAAAAAUAGAUUGACAGAAAUGACAAAAUAAUAUUAAACUACUUCAGAUCAAUUAAAUUAAUCUUUAGACCACAAUAAUUAAAUGUAGAAUUUGGUUUAAGAAAAAGAUGAGACAAUUUAACUUCUUGAGGCAGGUAUAGCAAAAGGAGUUAAGAAAAUUGCAGAAAUAGAAGCAAAUCAUCAUAAAUAAAAGGAAGAUGAUAGAAAGAAAAUUGAGGAGUUAAAUCAAAUUAUUGAACAAAAUAAUCAACAAAUCAAAAAUCUUGAAGAUAAUAUAGCAGAAAAGGAUGCUAAACUAGAAGAGCACAAGAAGGAAUUUAAGGCUCUUAAAAUUAUAUUUGUAACUUUAGAAGAGAAAUGGACAAAAUUAGAUAAUGAUCAUAAAGAUUUAAGUGGUUAACAUCAAAGAUUGAUUGCUGAAUGUGAAGAAUGGAAAAGGAAAUUUAAUGAAGUUGAUGGUGAACAUUAAGGAUUGAAAGAAAAAUAUAGAUUAAUUAUUAUAGAAUAUGAAAAAGUAAAAGAAAAUACUAAUGAAAAAAUGAAUGAAUUAAAAUCUCAAAAUGAUGAUCUUCAUAGAAAACUUAAAGCCUUGGAAGAUAAACAUUAAUUAUUGUAAAAUUAACAUCAGGCCUUAUUGGAUAGAUUGGAGAAAGAAACCUAAAAUCACAUUAAGAAGGUAGGAGAACUAGAUUUAAUUAUUAUAGGAUUGGAAAAGAAAGCUCAUGAAUAUAAAACAUUAAGUGAAAACUAAAAAUUAGAAAUUGAUAAUUUAUAAGCUAUAAUCAAAGAAUUAGAAGGUAAAAUUGCCUAAGCAGAGAAAGACCAACAACAUAGACAUCAAUAAUUACUUGUUCAAAUAACUUAACAUUUAGAGAAAGUGACCAAAUUAGAAAAUAGAAAUAGCAAGUUAGAAUUGGAUAUUUUAGAAUUAGAGAAAAGAAUUUAAGAAUUGAUUUUGUAUAAUCAGGAUUAUAAAAAUGAAAUUAUUAAACAAGAUGAAAAGAUUACAAUUUUAAUUAAAGAAGGAUAGACCAAAGAAUCAGAAAUAAUCAAACUUAUUGAAGUGAUUGAAAAGUAGAAACUUGAUCUGAUAGAUUACGAGAAAAUUAUCAGAGAAUUAAGAUAGAGGAUUUAAGAACUUGAGCUCAUUAUUAUUGAAAAAGAUAAGAAAAUUGUAGAGCAAGAAAAAUCAAUUAAAAAGCUAUAGACUUUGCUAGUGUAAUUUAAGACAUUAUCAGAAGAAAUGGCUUCGAUUAAUUGA